AUGGCCAAGACAUGCUACUUCCCAUUUUUGUUCCUUACAUAUUUUUUUUUGAGCUCAGCUUUGUUUGCCCGUUCCGAUGAUAGGUACGUUUACAGUGAAUCAGCAUCAAAGUAUGUAAGACCCAAUGCGAACGAUGAGCAGCAGUUGGAGAAGGUGCAGUCGGGAAAAGCGCAAGAUGGUGUCGCCGCCACGGUGAAUAAUGGCCCCUGGUCGAGGUCUCAGUCCUCCCUUAGUGUGGAGGAGGCGGAAGAAGGGGAAGUAGGAAGCCAGUCGAGAUUAAAAAGGACAACCCCCCCAGAGGUGGAGGCAGCACCAAAAGUGGAGUCAACACCAGGAAAAGAUCAAACCAAGGAUGACACCGCAGUGGUCGCCCACAAAAUCUCCAUGCUACAAAAAAGUGAGUCCUCCGAAACGUUAAUGGACAAAAUUGGAACACUGAUCACAAUAUUUGCCUUACAUCCGUCUAGGUACAUCAGCACCAUGAAAGAUUUAUUUCAUUUGUACAACAACAAGGUUGACAUCACGAAAGAUGGCUUCAGUUACGGGUCAAUAUCUCUACACAUGCAAUUUCACAAGCAUACCAGUAGUGAGGAUAUCGCUACGCUGAACACCGUGUUCUAUGCACAUCAUACAGAAGGCGAGGAUGAGAGAAAAGUUGAAAGGGCAAAUGGAGAGCACCUUAUUAAUCUCAACGUGGAUGAACUGUUAGAAAAGAACGCACUUGUAAAUGGUCGUUAUAUGGAUUCGUUUGGCGAAAGCGAAGGGAAUGCUACUUCGGAUGCGCCUACCAAUGUUUACCAAGCUAUUAAGGACAGUCAACUGGACGCCACGAAGUUUUUUAUCACUCUAGACAAGGUGGGCGAAGAAAAGCUUGCCGUUUCCAAACUGGACGAUUUUCUGGGCGAAUGUUUGAAGAGUGCGCAGGAUGCCUUGGCGCAGCCAGCUGCCGCCGAUAAGAAGGAGAAGAAGAAGGCCGGCAAUUUGCAAAGCGGCGGUGAGGUUAGCGGAGGUCAGGCCAAUGGAAGUCAAGCCAGUGGAAGUCAGUCCAACGGAAGUCAGGCAAGUGGAAGUCAGGCAAGUGGAAGUCAGGCCAGUGGAAGUCAAGCCAGCGCAAACCAGGCCAACAAAGGCCAAAAGAAAGCCCAGAAAGCAGCAAAAACCAGAAAGGCUCUAAUGGAAGAAUUCAAACAGAGCUUGGUCUCGAAGGACAUGGCGGCGUGUAAAGAGGCCGCCAAGCUGCUAAUGGCCAGUUCGACGGUGUCCAGUUUGAUGUACCUGUUCGUGCUAGUAGCACUGGGCAUAUACUUGUUGUAG